AUGCUUUCUCUUUCACUCAACUACUCCCUCUGUUUAUCACGCUCAAACUCUCUACUUCUCUCUAUUUAUCACACUCACACACACUCUCUCUUUCCUAAUCACACUCUUUCUCUCCUUAUCACACUCACUCACUCCCUCUCUCUCUCUUUAUCACACUUAUGCUCUAUCUCCCCCACUCUCUUUAUCACACUCACAACUUUUCUCUCCUUAUCACAUUCACACUCCCCUUCUCCUUAUCACACAUAUAUACACAUUCUCUCUCCUUAUCACACACACGCUCACUCUUUAUCACACUCUCACACACUCUCUCUCAUUCACUCACUCUCUCUCGCUCAUUCUCUCUCUUUCUCUCUCUCUCCUUAUCACAUACUCUAUCUCACUUUAUCACACAAUCUCUCUCACACACUCUUUCCCUAUUUAUCAGACUCACAUACUCUCUUUCUUCUCUCACGUCAGAGCACUAAUAAAUCGAUAGCCGUAUACGUUGUUAUUCAUUGA